UAUAUGCAUAGACACACUCAUUAGAAACUUCAUAAAAGGCCACAACUUGAGAGUACCCAGAAGAUCAUCGUUUGUUUAAUCUGUGAGUUGUGUCAUUUCCCAGUUCAAGGUGGUAAUGGCGAAGGAAGAGAUGGAAGUUGUGAAGGGUGUGGACUUGAAAAGGUACAUGGGUCGAUGGUAUGAGAUUGCCUCAUUCCCUUCGCGUUUUCAGCCAAAGGAUGGUGAGAACAGCAGAGCCACAUAUACCCUUAACGAAGAUGGUACUGUGCAUGUGCUGAACGAGACAUGGAGUGGUGGAAAGAGAGGCUACAUAGAGGGUACUGCUUACAAGGCAGACCCAAAAUCUGAUGAAGCCAAGUUAAGGGUAAAAUUUUAUGUUCCACCUUUCUUGCCCAUCAUCCCUGUCGUUGGGGACUACUGGGUCCUCUUCCUUGAUGACGAUUAUCAGUAUGCUUUGAUCGGCCAACCAAGCAGGAAAUGCCUUUGGAUUUUAUGCAGAGAAACCAAUAUGGAUGAUGCUAUCUACAAUCAACUUGUUGAGAAAGCUAUUUCAGAAGGAUAUGAUGUGAGCAAACUCCAGAAGACUCCACAGAGUGAUCCGCCACCAGAGGCAGAAGAAGGAUCCCAUGACAACAAAGGCAUUUGGUGGAUCAAAUCUCUUUUUGGCAAAUAGACUUUAUAUAUAUAUAUAUAUAUAUAUAUAUAUAUAUAUAUACACGUUUAAAUUUGAAUUUCAUGUAUAGUGUAUUCUGAUAGAUUGAAUCCCUCUAUAGCAUGGAUGUGUGUGUUUGGUUGCUCUCUGAUCUGUACAUAAACUUUGGUGUGUGAAUAUUUUGAUGAUGUUAUUUCAGCUAUAA